UUACAUUUGUUCUUCCUUGCCAUAACAUUCACGCUUAAUAUCGACACUCUGUGGCAGCUCUCCCGCGCUAACAUGGCAGUCUGAAGGCGUGCGGCGGCGAUCCCUGCAGCGGCAAAAACCUGGCAGUGCAACGGCGAAGUGCACUGGCUAUUUCUGGCAAAAUGGCGUCUCUCUCGGCAACCACCCUCAGCUUUGCUGCCGUCGACAGCAGUACCGAACCCCUCGACUUGCUAACGUCAUCAGACUCGCCUUUGUUUCUGUUCACCCUUUCACGGAUACCACUGAGCAGCAGCAGUCAUGGCACUCUCUCAGCUGGCCUUGGAGGACGUGGGGGCCCUGUACUUAGGGUCCUCGUUUCUGAUGGCUGACCCCAUGGGGCCCCUUCUGGACCAAGAUGAAGAAGAAGCUCUUUCUCCCUCCUCCUCUUUAGAGGAGAAGGCGCCAGCUUCGCCCCCCCUUUCUUUCUCCUCCACCUACGCAUCAUCCUGGUCUCCCUACCAGAGCUUAUCUUCCUCUCCUCUCUCCUCUGCCUCUCCACCUCCAUCCCCUCCCCCUGAUCAUCCCUCCUACUUUCUGGGAACCAAGGCUACCGCGGACGCGUCGUCCCUCUCCUGGCUCACCGCCAACGAUCUGCUCAAUGGCCACGCUGGCGCAGAUGAUGGCAAAGAUGAUGCCUUUGCGGGUAUGGACUGGAUGUCAGAGAAGAUUGACCUGAGUGAAUUUGAUCUGGAGUCACUCAUCGGCUCCUGCUCAUCCGACGAGUCCCCCAGUUCCCCUGAGGAUCUCCUGGCCUCCCUCGACCCCCACAUGGAUCUGGAUCUGGACGCCUUUGACUCAACCAUCCCCGCCCCACACGACAGCCUCGAGCUGGCUCUGCCGCUGCCCAGUAUCCCCCCACUCCCUCUGGAGGUCCCGUUCACCAGUGAAGCCGAGGCCAAGAAGACCGAGGCGGCUCCCGUUCAGGAAAUGGAGAUUGUCACGAAGUCCGAGCCCCCCUCCCCAGCUCCAUCUCCUGCCCCCCUUUCUCAGACCUACACCCUGGAGCUGGGGAGUGAAGUGGAUGUUUUGGAUGGAGAGAAAACGGUUUCAUCCCUCACCGCCACCAUUAUCCCAGAUCCCAGUGGAAGCUUCCAGACCACAAGCCCCAUCCUGCUCUCCCUUCCUACCUCUGGUCACAUUGUGGUUGUGCUCACCAACAAAGAGAAGCCCUCCCUCAUAUCCCUCUCUGAACAGUCCAUUAAGACCCCUUCUCCUUCAAGCGACUGUGACAGCGACUCAGGCAUUGAGUCCGCGGGCAGCUCGCCAUCUCACCUCCCCUCCUCCCCAUCGGCGCCCUCCCCAACAGCUGGUUCCUCCAGGACCAAACCCUAUUCUAAGCCGGAGCCCGACGCCACUUCCUCCCCCUCAGCCAAGGCCCCCAGGGUCAAAUCGGUGUCAGGCGCUCCCAAAGUGGUGGAGAAGAAGCUGAAGAAGAUGGAGCAGAACAAGACGGCGGCCACACGCUACCGACAGAAGAAAAGGGUUGAGCAAGAGCAGUUGAACACCGAGUGCGAAGAACUGGAGAAGAGGAACCGUGAACUGACAGAAAAGGCGGAGUCCAUCAACCGGGAGAUCCAGUAUCUGAAAGACCUGAUGGAGGAAGUUCGGAAACACCGCCGCGGGAAGACCAGCUCAGUGGCGUAGAGCCCAGAGCGUGCAUGAGGCAUUGUGAUAGGCUGGUUUCUCCUCCAGUGCCCAUAAGCCAGUACCUUCAUCGAGGGGUGUCCUGCCCAGUCACAUGGUCCACCAUGGGACUUGACAUUGGGAACAAUGCAUACAGCCUUCAAUGAUGGGACAACUUUUGACCAUUAUUCAACUGGGAUCAAAAAAAAAUUCUCUCAUCAUUGGCUGCUGUUUGUAUUGUUUCCACAGUACAGUGCAGUGGUGGUCCAGUGGAAGGGGCGGGGCUUGAAACAUGCCACUGAGCUGUGAAGAGGGAACGUCUGGAUGAAAUGCAGAAAGCCUGUGCAGGUUAAUGAGAUUAUUAGUGUAGUGCAGGGGGCUGGGAGGUGUCAGGUGAAGCAUCUGUACAUGCUUGUCUCUCAGUCCCCUGUUAGGCCCCAUGUGUACUCCCUGUCUUACUACAGUACUUUGUGUAAACAGGUAGAGUGUGUAUUCUUCUUGUAGACUAGGCAUGCAGUACAUGAGUCACUGUAGGUCCUGAUAGUAUGUGUAAUCCUCAAAUAUUCCCUCAGACUAUGACCACACUUGAUGAGCCAAUGGCCAGACCAGAACGACUCCUGAGCCACAUACACUCCAAACUUGUUUUUACCCACACUUUUUAACCCUGUUUUGACCUUCUCAACCGCUUCAAGUCCAGAAAGGGGCCUCAGCCUAAUACUGAAUUCUUGAUGUUACACUGUCAACAUUUUUUUCUUUUUUGUGUGUGUACAUAGUUUUCUCUCCUUUUGCUUGCAGAUUGUAGCUUUUGUUAUUUAAUGCCAGACUGAAAACCUGAUCAUGUCUCAUAGUUCACAGCCUGUUAGCUCAACUGCGUGGCUUGUAUAAAUGCUUUGCUUUUCUUUUCUAAUAAAUAUCUAUCAGUACUCAAGUGA